UGGUAAUUCCUUGUAACUAGCUGACAUCGACCGUACCGGUAUAUUAACAGUUUCAACCCUUUUUCAACAGUGUUUCAAUCAUGCCAAAGUCAAAGACAAAGAGGCCGAUAAAGAAAAAUCUGGUGUGUUGUAACUGUGGGCGUAAUAUAAACAAUGAAUUACAGAGGCGAAAACUUACUGCAAAAAUAAAAAGCCAAAAUUGUCAAAUUUCUUCGAUAGACGCCCUGAAAGCACUUGGAAUAGAAUUUGGCCCAGGUGAAGGGAGGCGUCAUCUGAUCUGCCCAGUGUGCGCAAAAAUUUUAGGCAAAUUAUCUAAUGCCAUUGGAAGUUUGAAGGCAUUGCUAUCAACUCUCAAAGAAGUAACCAAUGAUGCUCAUACUCCUGUGGGAUAUAAGAUCAAACGAGUACUGGAAGGGUCCGCAGAUGGAGAGUUUUACUUCAAGGCGAAAAGAAAAAGGAGAAAGACCAAAACUGGCAGCAGUGAUGAUGGCAGCUGCAUAAUUGACACCCCUCUGUCUCAAGAUCAGAUAAUGGACAUCUUUCCUCAUGUUGCAUCAGAUCUACCACCUGACCGUUACAAGAAGGUGAUGAAGCAUAUAAAAUCAUCAAAGAGUUUGGACUCCUUCAUGAUUGAAUCAGUUUGCAAGAAAAUUAGCGCAGAGAUGAAAUCGGGUCAAUCUAUUUUCUCAAUCGAUGCCGAAUGUAAGACAAAGUCAAUGGAGAAAAAGAUAUGGAGAGCUGCACACAGAAGUUUAAAGGUGAGGUGUCCAACACUCAUGAACAUUUUGGAAAGCACACUGGAAAGAAAACCUGUGAGGAAUGACAAUAAUCGGCUCACAAUGACAGCAGCUCACUUGUUCUUUAUUAGAUCUUCAAGGCAAAGAAUCUGCCAAGAACUGAUUGGUCGACUUCUUUGGUAUGCUGGGACAAACAGGAAGACUUUUCUGAGGCUCAGCAGACUUGGACUUUGUUCCUGCAUCAAAACCACAAGAGAUAGUAUAAAUUCUUUGAAAAGUGAAUUAAAUGACACAAUCGACCAACAAAAACAGAGAAUCGCAGAACUACAGUCAACGGACCGUAAAGCGAUGAUGAAACCUUCUAGCGAUGAUUGGACGGAAGUUGAAAAUUGGGGGACAGGUAUGAUUAGAAUACUUAAUUGGAAGCAUUCACCUGAUUCUUUGUUGGAAUGUGUGAUAUACUUUUGUAACUAUUGUUAUUACACCAUUGAUAGUUUUUUUAUACUUUUAUACUGUAUGGUAUUUUAUAUUUCCUUUACCAUUGUCAUGUAUAUGUAAACAUGUCCCUCCCUUUAUUGGAAUGAGAGAGGAAGAGCAGGAGUGUUGGGAAAGAAUGUUUAGCUUUAUAUUUUUUGUAAAGUGAAACCUGUCGCUGUCACUUGUGACCACCCAAGGAACACAAAACUGCUGUAGAAUGGUUAGACACAACCAGCCUCCAUGUGAAUCAAAUUAGUGGACAUUCUAAG